AUGAUGACCGUACUUAACAAACAGAUCGAAAAUUCCAGAUUAAUUGGACAAUUAUAUAAAACUGCAUUAUCAUUAUUAAUUAUUGAAGCGAUUUCAACGUUAAAUGCUUUACAAACAAAUCAAUCAUCAUUAAGAUCAGUUGAUCAACGUGAAAAAUCAAUGCACAAUAUUCUACGUUAUUUAUCAUUUCUGAACGUUCAGUUAGAUCAAAUCGAUAAACUUAACAUAAUACAUGUAGCAGGUACAAAAGGCAAAGGAUCAACAUGUGCAUUUACGGAAUCAAUUUUACGACAAUAUGGUUAUAGAACGGGAUUUUUCAGUUCGCCACAUUUAAUUGAAGCACGUGAACGUAUUCGGAUUAAUGGGGAAUUAUUAUCAAAAGAAAAAUUUGUUGAGUAUUUUUGGCAAUGUUAUAAUGUUAUUCAUAAUGGUGUUCAAAAAUCAACUGAUGAAAACCCGGUUCCAAUGCCAUAUUAUUUUUCUUUUCUAACAACAAUGAUGUUCUACGUUUUUGUUCAUGAACAGAUCGAUGUUGCUAUUAUCGAAGUAGGCAUUGGUGGAGAAUACGAUUGUACAAAUAUUAUCAAAACUCCCAUUGUAUGCGGUGUAACAUCAUUAGGUUUAGAUCACAUUAAAUUAUUGGGUAAUACAAUUGAACAAAUUGCAUGGCAAAAAGCUGGAAUAUUUAAAGAAGGUGUUCCAGCUGUUACUGUACCACAAGUAUCAGAAGCUAUGCGUGUUUUAAACGAAAGAGCUGAAGAGAAACAUUGUUCAUUAAAAAUUGCAUCUCGAUUAAAUUAUUACCGAAAUUAUCCAUUUCAACUUUCACUUGCUGGAGAUGUACAAGAAAUUAAUGCUUCAUUAGCAAUAGAAUUAGUUUUUCAUUGGUUACAUGCUCGAGAAGGACAAUCAUAUGAUGAACUUAAAGAUGCACUAUUAGAUAAAAAAAUUCUUCAAGGUUUAGCAACAUGUCGUUGGUCUGGUCGUAAUGAAAUAGUUGACACAACGAGUGCAACAUAUUAUCUUGAUGGUGCACAUACUAUUGAAUCAAUAGAACAAUGUCAAAAUUGGUUUACUAAUUCAAUAUCAAAACAAAAUACAUCAGAAAGACUUAUUCUUUUAUUUUAUUGUUCAAAUGAUCGACAACCAGAUGUAUUACUUCAACCUUUAAUGAAAUGUAAAUUCGAGUCUGUUGCUUUUUGUUCACCGAUUACAUCACCAGCAAUUAUUAAUAAUAAUUCUCAAACGGAUACAAAACCUGGCAAUGAUCAAUGGCGAGCAACAGCAAAUAUUAUUAGUGAAAUAGGUCGUCUUUCAUUACAUGUAGCUGCAUUUGAAAAACUUUGGUUAUCAACUAUAGAAAAUCAAACAACAAUACCAUCGAUACAUUGUUUUCAUACCGUAUCACAAGCAUUGGCAUGGAUUGAUGAUAGUAAAUCAUCAAAACCAUCUGUUCUAGUUACCGGUAGUCUUUAUUUAGUCGGCGCAGUUUUGAAAUUACUUGAUAAAAAUGAUGGCAAUAUGUGA